GCCGGGCGAUGGCCUCGAGGCGGCGGUGAGGCGGGAGGUCGCACGCGCGCCCCCCGCCCCUCACCAUGCAGAAGAGCGUGCGCUACAACGAGGGGCACGCCCUGUACCUGGCCUUCCUGGCGCGCAAGGAGGGCACCAAGCGCGGCUUCCUCAGCAAGAAGGCGGCCGAGGCGAGCCGCUGGCACGAGAAGUGGUUCGCCCUGUACCAGAAUGUGCUCUUCUACUUCGAGGGCGAGCAGAGCGGCCGCCCGGCGGGCAUGUACCUCCUGGAAGGCUGCACCUGCGAACGGACCCCCGCGCCACCCAGGGCCGGCGCGGGACCGGGAGGCGUCCGGGACGCGCUCGACAAGCAGUAUUACUUUACUGUUCUUUUUGGCCACGAAGGUCAGAAACCACUGGAGCUGCGCUGUGAGGAGGAGCAGGAUGGUAAAGAGUGGAUGGAGGCCAUUCACCAAGCCAGUUAUGCAGACAUUUUGAUUGAGAGGGAAGUGUUAAUGCAGAAGUACAUUCAUCUAGUUCAGAUCGUAGAGACAGAAAAAAUUGCAGCUAACCAACUCCGACAUCAACUUGAAGAUCAAGACACAGAAAUCGAAAGGCUUAAAUCAGAGAUUAUCGCUCUUAAUAAAACCAAAGAACGAAUGCGACCUUACCAAAGCAAUCAAGAAGAUGAGGAUCCAGACAUCAAGAAGAUUAAAAAGGUUCAGAGCUUCAUGCGAGGAUGGUUGUGUAGAAGGAAAUGGAAGACCAUUGUGCAGGAUUACAUCUGUUCUCCUCAUGCAGAAAGUAUGAGGAAGAGAAACCAGAUUGUGUUCACCAUGGUGGAGGCGGAGACGGAGUACGUGCACCAGCUCUACAUCCUGGUCAACGGCUUCCUCCGGCCCCUGAGAAUGGCCGCCAGCUCCAAGAAGCCUCCCAUCAGCCAUGACGAUGUCAGCAGUAUUUUUCUCAACAGUGAAACAAUCAUGUUUCUUCAUGAAAUAUUUCAUCAAGGACUAAAGGCAAGGAUAGCGAACUGGCCUACUUUAAUUUUAGCUGAUCUGUUUGAUAUUUUGCUCCCCAUGCUGAACAUUUAUCAAGAAUUUGUGCGUAAUCACCAGUACAGCCUCCAAGUACUUGCCAAUUGUAAGCAAAACAGAGAUUUUGACAAACUCUUAAAACAGUACGAAGCCAACCCUGCCUGUGAGGGGAGGAUGCUGGAAACGUUCUUGACCUAUCCGAUGUUUCAGAUCCCCAGGUAUAUCAUCACACUGCAUGAGCUCCUAGCUCAUACACCCCACGAGCACGUGGAGAGGAAAAGUCUGGAGUUUGCUAAAUCAAAACUAGAGGAACUGUCCAGAGUGAUGCACGAUGAAGUCAGCGACACUGAAAACAUAAGGAAAAACCUUGCCAUAGAAAGAAUGAUCGUGGAGGGCUGUGACAUUUUGCUGGACACCAGCCAAACUUUCAUCCGCCAAGGUUCUCUUAUUCAAGUACCUUCCGUUGAGAGGGGGAAACUUAGUAAAGUUCGCCUGGGUUCGUUGUCUUUGAAAAAGGAAGGAGAGAGACAGUGCUUCUUAUUUACAAAACACUUUUUAAUUUGUACAAGAAGUUCAGGAGGAAAACUGCAUCUGCUCAAGACAGGUGGGGUUCUCUCUCUAAUAGAAUGUACAUUGAUUGAGGAGCCCGAUGCAAGCGAUGAUGACUCCAAAGGUUCUGGGCAAGUGUUUGGGCACCUGGAUUUUAAAAUAGUGGUGGAGCCUCCCGACGCUGCCUCCUUCACCGUGGUCUUGUUAGCACCUUCACGCCAGGAGAAGGCUGCCUGGAUGAGCGACAUCAGUCAGUGUGUGGACAAUAUACGAUGUAAUGGUUUAAUGACUAUAGUGUUUGAAGAGAAUUCCAAAGUUACUGUGCCACAUAUGAUUAAGUCUGAUGCCCGUCUUCAUAAAGACGACACCGACAUUUGCUUCAGUAAAACACUCAACUCCUGCAAAGUGCCCCAGAUCCGGUAUGCCAGCGUGGAGCGCCUCUUGGAGCGACUGACAGACCUGCGCUUUCUUAGUAUCGAUUUCCUCAACACCUUUCUGCACACCUAUCGGAUUUUCACGACGGCCACUGUGGUGCUGGGGAAGCUUUCCGACAUAUACAAGAGGCCUUUCACCUCCAUCCCUGUCAGGUCAUUGGAAUUGUUUUUUGCUACCAGCCAGAACAACAGAGGUGAACAUUUGGCGGAUGGAAAAUCCCCACGUCUGUGUCGCAAAUUCUCUUCCCCACCACCGCUGGCUGUGUCCCGAACAUCCUCCCCAGUGAGGGCCAGAAAGCUGUCCUUGACUUCUCCCUUGAACUCAAGGAUAGGAGCAUUGGACCUGACCACUUCCUCGUCAUCUGGCAGUCCCACCACCACCCAUAGCCCCGCUGCGUCCCCCCCGCCGCACACUGGUAAAGUACCGUUGGAUCUUAGCAGAGGCCUCUCUUCUCCAGAACAAAGCCCGGGAUCUGUAGACGAGAAUGUAGAUAACCCCCGCGUGGAUCUGUGUAACAAGCUAAAACGAAGUAUUCAAAGAGCAGUCCUAGAGUCUGUACCAGGUGAGCGAGCAGGAGCGGAAAGCUCCCCCGCAGCGGACGGCCCGGAACUUUCACCUUGCAGAUCCCCCUCCACGCCCCGGCACCUCCGCUACCGCCAGCCUGGAGGACAGACGGCUGACAAUGCCCACUGCUCUGUUUCACCGGCUUCCGCUUUUGCAAUUGCCACAGCUGCAGCAGGACAUGGGAGUCCACCAGGGUUUAACAACACCGAGAGAACAUGUGACAAAGAGUUUAUUAUACGGAGAACAGCCACCAAUCGAGUACUGAACGUCCUCCGUCACUGGGUCUCAAAGCACGCACAGGAUUUUGAGCUCAACAACGAAUUAAAGAUGAACGUCCUAAAUUUGCUAGAAGAAGUUUUGCGAGACCCAGACCUCCUUCCCCAAGAGAGGAAAGCCACAGCAAACAUCCUGAGAGCCCUUUCACAAGAUGAUCAAGAUGACAUCCACCUAAAAUUAGAGGAUAUAAUUCAAAUGACUGACUGUUUGAAGGCCGAGUGCUUCGAGACCUUGUCAGCCAUGGAGCUGGCUGAGCAGAUCACCCUGUUGGACCACAUUGUUUUCAGAAGCAUUCCCUAUGAAGAGUUUCUUGGGCAAGGGUGGAUGAAGCUGGAUAAAAAUGAAAGAACUCCUUACAUUAUGAAAACCAGCCAGCACUUUAAUGAUAUGAGUAACCUGGUGGCCUCCCAGAUAAUGAAUUACGCUGAUGUCGGCUCCCGUGCCAACGCGAUCGAGAAGUGGGUGGCGGUGGCGGACAUUUGCCGAUGCCUGCACAACUACAACGGUGUGCUGGAGAUCACCUCGGCCUUAAACAGAAGUGCCAUCUACAGGCUGAAGAAAACCUGGGCCAAGGUGUCCAAGCAGACAAAAGCUCUAAUGGACAAACUUCAGAAGACCGUUUCGUCUGAAGGAAGAUUUAAAAAUCUCAGAGAAACCCUUAAAAAUUGCAACCCUCCAGCAGUUCCUUACCUUGGCAUGUACUUGACAGACCUGGCAUUUAUUGAAGAAGGAACACCAAACUUUACUGAGGAAGGCCUUGUCAAUUUUUCCAAAAUGAGAAUGAUAUCACACAUUAUCAGAGAGAUACGCCAGUUCCAGCAGACUUCCUACAGAAUAGACCAUCAGCCAAAGGUCACACAAUACUUGCUUGACAAAGCCCUGAUCAUAGAUGAAGAUACGCUAUAUGAGCUGUCACUGAAAAUUGAACCUCGACUCCCUGCUUGAAAAUCUGGCCUUGCCCCUGAGUCCGCGGAGUUUUCACGGAAAGCGGGACAGACGGAAUUGUGCAUGCCACGCCUCACAGGGUGCAGCAUGGAGCCCAUCUCCUUUCUCCACCGAAGAAGAUGGAACCAGACUGGAAUUCUGUCUGCAGCCAGAGAGAAAACCCAGCUGUCUGGGUCAAAGACAGAUGCUUAAGACUCGGGUGGGAAGGUGAAAGCGGGAUAUUUAGUAAAGCUGAUGGCACAGUUUACAUAAGGGAAUGUAAGAGGAGAGAUGCUAGUAGCCAUUUUAAUGGAGCAGGCGAGAAGGUGUAUUUCAGACUCUGUCCCACGUCUGGUUAGUACUCAGGGACAAGGAUCCGUGGAAAAGACUUGUGAUGUUUCCCUGGCACUUUACUGGCCCGGGCACACCUACCAAUCUUCUCCUAGGAUUUAACUGCUUCCAUUACAUUUCCUUGUGUCACAAGCUUCACAGAGAAGCUGAGGCUUCCUCUACAGGGACGGGCCAACACAUAAGCAGUUCCAGUCCGCAGCAUGUGCAUGGUUUUCAGUGCAUUAUAAAUAUUUAUAUUUGAGAAAUGGUAUGUUCUGAAACUGCCUUUCCAGUCUUUAGGCGACAGGAUAGGAAAGAAAUGAUGAAAGACAAAUGGAUUGUAGGUAACAUUUCCUUAAUUA